AUGCAUCCGUACAAGAGACAUCUGCUACAGAGCUCGAACUGUACGCUUGAGAAACCCGAGGGUGAAGAUCAGCCUUCUGCUUAUGGGUCGAUGGUUUCGCUGCACAACCCGUCUGAACCGGUGGAUACAAGGGAACGGUGGGUCCAGGAAGUUGCCGAACCUCCGAAUAAGGUGUCAGAACGUCAAGCAACAUCUUCGCCUUCUUCAAAUGGGUCGAGUUUGAACGUGGGGUCAGUGCGGUCUAAGAGGACACGGUCAGUAGAUCUAUCGCACAUGUACUUGUUGAAUGGAUCUCUGGACACUCAGUUGACCUUCACAAAUGAAUCAGUAGCGGAUAUGUCGCACCAGGCGGUCAGUAAGUAUCUGGGUGAGGACAGUAACACAUCCUUGGUGCCAAGAUUAAAGACUAUUGAGAUGUACAGAGAGAACGUAAAGAAGUCGAAGGAUGCCAACCUCUUAUUCCAAUUUGCACAGUAUAUGUUGCAAACUGCGUUGACUAUGGAUGAUAAUGAGCAGCCGGUUGGUGGUAGUGAGUCGAUGAACCAGAGUGAACUCAAGAGGAAAUUUUUGAAAGAAGCUGUCCACUACUUGAGAAAACUUAGUGUGAAAGGCUAUGCUGAUGCUCAAUACUUGUUGGGCGAUGUGUGUGCUUCGGGAGCUCUGGGGAAGGUCGAGAAUAAAGAAGCGUUUACGUUAUUCCAAGCUGCGGCCAAACAUGGGCAUAUAGAAAGUGCUUAUAGGACAGCUUACUGCUUCGAAGAAGGGUUGGGGACCACUAGGGACUCGCGUAAGGCGCUGGAUUUUUUAAAAUUUGCAGCUAGUAGGAAUCACCCCUCUGCCAUGUAUAAACUGGGACUUUAUUCUUUCUAUGGACGUAUGGGGUUGCCUACAGACGUUAACACUAAGCAAAAUGGUAUCAAAUGGCUUUCGCGUGCUGCCGCUAGGGCCAAUGAAUUAACUUGUGCUGCACCUUACGAGCUGGCAAAGAUCUAUCAAAAUGGGUUUAUCGAUAUAAUUAUCCCAGAUGAAAAAUACGCCACUGAGUUGUACAUCCAGGCAGCUACCUUGGGUCAUGCUCCGUCUUCGACGUUGCUGGGACAAAUCUACGAGACGGGGAACGAUACAAUUCAGCAGGACACAAGUUUGUCAGUUCACUAUUAUACACAAGCUGCACUGAAAGGAGAUCCCGUUGCUAUGCUAGGACUCUGUGCAUGGUACUUGAUUGGUGCAGAACCCGCAUUUGCAAAGGAUGAAAAUGAAGCGUUUCAAUGGGCCCUGAGAGCUGCUACAGCUGGUUUCCCAAAAGCACAGUUCACACUGGGAUACUUCUAUGAAAAGGGGAAAGGUUGUGAGUCUAAUAUGGACAAUGCUUGGAAAUGGUACGAGAAAGCUGCAAAGAAUAAGGAUCCUCGAGCUUUGGCCAAAAUGAAGCAACGCGAACCGGUAAAGGAUCAACUCAGCCUCAAUAAGAAGCACAAGAAAUCAAAGAGUGUAAGCACAAUCAACCUUUUCAAGAGCUUUGAUGGAUCUUCCAGUGAAAAUUGGGACGAUCAAACCAAACCUAGUGGUCUUUUCACAGAUCCCGAUCAAUCGAAUCAGGGAAAUAGCAGCGCAAAUGAAAUUGUUCAAGCGCAACCAGGUCCACAAAUCAACAGUACUACUGUUCCAAUUAAGCAAGCAUUAAAUCCAAGUCAAAACGUACCACAGGAAAAGAAGAACUUAAAAAAACUAAAAAUCAGGCAAAGACUGUGUCUUGAUGUAGAAGACAUAUUGCAGUGCAUAUAUGGUUACAAAACUCGCCAUAUAAAUGGACUAUAG